UUACCACUUGUUAGAUAGAUCACCAGUUUGUUGGAUAUUACAUUGUUUAAAAGUUGAACACUAAUUAUCAUUUAAUAAACGAUUUCAUACAAGUGUAGCAAUUUUUCUAAUAAUGCAGAAAAAUCAGUUUCGUUUUUGUUUAUAUUGUUUCGUAUCAUGUGUGUCGUUUGUUGUCACAGUCAGUGGAAAUGACAAUAAAAAUCUCAAAUUCACAAAGGAAACAGAUCUUGAUAGUUAUACCUGCCCCGGGCAGCAUGCAUUAUAUUUCAAAGAUAACUUGAGUAUAUCACAAUGUUUGGCAACAUGUGCUGAUUCUGAGGUAUGUUUCGGUGUUUUCCAUCGUCAGGAAAGUUCCCGAUGUAUUGGAUGCAGAGACAAGUUUCUAACCAGAAGAAACGCUCCAAUACUCCUCGGCACAACCUUCUAUAGACGUCGAUCUUACCUGGUAGUAACAAACGCAAAGACAUGGACUGAUGCGAAGAAUCAUUGUUUGGAGCUUGGAGGUUAUUUGGUAGACAUAAAAUCGCCGGCAGAAAAUGCAUUCAUAGAAAAACUACUUGAGUCUGUAAACUUUGAUGUAUGGCUUGGCGCAACAGACAUGGAAAAUGAGGGUGUUUUCAUUUGGCAGGAUGGAAGCAAUGUCAACAAUUAUUUUCAAAACUGGAAAGAUGGAGAGCCCACUAAUUCAGGUGGCAUCGAACAUUGUGUAGUCCGUGUUAAUCCGACUCGAAAGUGGUACGAUGUGUCAUGCGGUAGAACAUACCGAAGUGUUUGUGAGUUUGACUAAAACGUAACAAAAACGAAACGACAGUUUUCAUUAAAAACUAAAACAUCUUGUAACUGAUGUCACUUUGUGUUAUUUCUGAUCUUGCGUUUUAAUAUUUGAAUAUUUAAAAGAAUGCUUGAUGUAAAAAAAAUGAUUAAACAACUACCCAACACAUCCUCAUCGAUUUACUGUAAAAAUAUAUUCUAUUGUUGUAUUAGCCCGCUCUGUAUUCCAUACACCUUU